UCUCUAGUGUUUAUGUAUUCUUAGUAGUCCGCUUCAGAAUAUUUUGAGGCGGAGUAAUUACAUUUCUUCACAUUUUUUCGACAUCUUUACAACAGAUAUUGGACUGCAUUCCAGCCAAUCGCAGCGCUCGUUUUCACAGGUUUUCGGACUAUCAGUGCUGAGACAAGAUCAGGUCGAAUUUUUUUUCAAGUUAUUCAAGGUUAUCCAAUAGUACGUGUAUUAAUAUAGAAUAAGUGGUUUGUUGUGGCUUAGAUGAUUUAAAUACGAAUCAAUCUCCCUCAAAGUAUAAAAAAUACGCACAAUGAAUAAUUAAUUGGACGCCAAUUCUUCAUUGAAAAAUCAAAAUAUUGAGCUUGUGAUCAAACCACGAGAAUUAAAGUUGACCAGUGAUGAGGGAUUUAUGGCUUAUUCGUUAUUUGAUCAUCAGUGUUUGCCAAGACACAUAACCACAACAAACCUCAGCUAAGGUGAUCUAAAAACGAUAUACGGACGUUAAUUUAUCACUAUAAUCAUAGCCGRUUGAUCAGUGGAGWCCGUUGUACUGCAAAAAGAGUUUAAGUACUCGAUUGACUAGCUUUCAAGCUUUAAAGAUACACCAAAAUAACUAACARGUUGAAGAAAUGGCGGACAAAAGCAAGCUGACAAAAAGAGUGUCCUUUCUUGAAAAUUGGACUAAGAKCUUUGAAGAUAGCCCUCAAGAGGAUCUUGCGUUAAUUGAUGAUGACUGCGAAAAGGAGAUAGAUGAACGCUGUGAAAGAAUAAAUCAAAUGCUUCUUAGGCCCAAGUUUCAAUUCUCUGAACUUMAGGCAACUGAUUCGGAAUCGGAUGGGUAUGACACAGAUGAAGAUGAUGAAAUGAAAAGCAAAAAGAAUUAUUGUCAAGACAACUGUAAAGAUAUCUAUUUGAAAUAUUGCCAUGACUUCAACGUUGUCCCAGCAUCAAUUUUUACAAGAAUGUGUAACACUUCUUCAAUURAUCUCAAACAUUACGGUCUCGGAGYUAAAGGAGCUCKUGCUGUUGCCAAGGCGAUGCARUAUAACCAAACAGUUGAAGAAUUGAAUCUCCAUGACAACAGUAUCGRGGAAGAAGGCAUGAAGGCAAUAUGUGACAUGAUGGCAACCAACUUGUGGAUUACUAAGCUAGAUUUAUCUGGAAAUACAGUUGGUAAAAAAGGGCAUGARCAACUGGCAAACAUGGUGAAACAUGCUAUAAUGUUAAAGAGUUUGAAUCUGUCUCGGUGUAAAAUUCACGGUAUYGGCGCUCAGAUUCUUAUUUCAGCUCUGUCUGAUAAUCAUAGGCUUGAAAGGUUAGACUUGUCUAACAAUGAAAUCGGUGAUGAAGGAUCUGUAAGUUUUGACGAGGUGCUUUCCAAGAACUGUUCUCUAAAAUACCUUGAUGUUAGCUUCAAUUGUAUCAGUUUCCUUUGUGCCGAGSCUUUYUGUARUGGCCUGAGCAGCAACAAGUCCCUGASAGAACUUAGUCUUGCGUGGAACGGACUGGGAGAUGUUGGUGCGGCUUACAUAAGCAAAGUACUAGAUCGYAACAAAACACUCAAAAUUCUCGACCUUGUGCAUAAUCACAUCUCAAUCGMUGGGAUAGAAAGCAUAGCGAAGUCUCUUCAGCACAACACGUCUCUCGAAGUAUUGAAGAUUGGCAGAAACCCAUAUUUGGCGCAUGGUGCAAGAGUCAUUAUCCAGUCAUUGAGAGAAAACCCAAGCACUUCACUACGCGAGCUCGCUCUGGAGGGCAUUGCUAUUGAUAGCAGCUGUGAAGCGCAACUCUCUUCCUUGAUGACCAUAAAGCCAGACCUUGUAUGCAAGUGGAAUGGUAGUGUCCGAGGAGGAGCGGUGAUCGAAGGAGAGCAAGCAUUACCAACAGAACUUUACCUAAAGGCCAUCAAUUCCCAAGGAUUUCGUUUGCUUGAUUUUUUCAGAUACCUAACAAAGGAUGGUACUUUGCUCACUAAAGAGGAGUUCAUUCAUGGAAGCAAAAGACGGAACUUUCCAUUUGGUGUUAAAGAGCUAACCGGCUUGUUUGACUAUCUGGAUACCAAACACGAGGGGAGUAUUUCCUAUGAAGAAUUCUUGUUCGUAAAAAAUGAUCAAAGGCAAGCAAAGUUGAAGCAAAAGAGAAAGAGCAUGUCUUGUUACCCAGAAAGUCCAAUCCCACAAUUUCAAAGGCUCAUUCUUAGUUGACUUAGGACUAAGGUACACUGGCCGUCAUAAAGUAUAGCGACUGACUUGGUUAGGUUUGGUUAGGUUUGGCUAGGUUUGUUAUAAUSUUGUAUUCAGCGUACACAAAUAAAUCAAACAUUCCAAAAA